AUGUCUCUCACGAUAUACGACGUUGUCGUAUAUUUUUUUAAAGUUGUGUUGAGUACUUUUUUCCGCGAAAUAAGACCCCGGGGUUCGCACAAAAUUCCCGAAGAGGGACCGGUUAUCUUUGUUGCGGCCCCACACGCAAACCAGUUCGUUGAUCCGUUGAUUUUAAUGAAUAAUUGCCAAAGGCGUGUUUCUUUUUUGAUUGCUGAAAAGUCCAUGAAACGAAAAUAUGUUGGUCUAAUGGCACGCGCGGUUCAUGCAAUCCCUGUUGCUAGACCUCAAGAUUUGGCAGAGCGCGGGAAAGGGAAAAUUUUUCUGGAAGAUCGUGUAAGUGACCCCACCCGUAUCACGGGAAUUGGUACAGAAUUUAAAAAGCAAUUAAAAGUAAGAGGUCAAAUUGCUUUACCCAAUGAUCUUGGUUCAUCCGAAAUAACAGAAAUUAUUUCAGAUGUUGAAUUGCGGGUAAAAAAGGAAUUCAAGGAUUUAAAAUCUUUGGAAUUGUUGACACAACCCGAAGGAACUUCUUAUAAAUUCUUACCACAUGUAGACCAAAGUCAAGUUUAUAAUGCAGUAUUUGAGAUGCUAAACACAGGCAACUGUAUUGGCAUAUUCCCUGAAGGCGGUAGUCACGAUCGGACUGAAAUUUUGCCCCUAAAAGCUGGUGUAGCUAUUAUGGCUUUAGGUGCCAUGGCAAAUAAUCCCAAGCUAGAUGUCAAGAUAGUUCCAUGCGGAUUAAAUUACUUCCAUGCGCAUCAUUUUCGUUCUCGAGCUGUUGUUGAAUUCGGUUCUCCUAUAUCAAUCCCAAACGAGCUAGUGGAAAGAUAUCGCAGUGGUGGGACGGAGAAAAGAGAAGCGUGUAGUAAAUUGUUGGAGACAAUUUACAAUGGAUUAAAAUCAGUAACUGUUAAUACACCUGACUAUGAGACAUUAAUGGUUAUCCAAGCAGCCCGUAGGCUAUAUAAACCUGAACACUCUAAGCUUGAAUUGACUGACGUGAUGGUAUUAAAUCGUCGAUUUGUCGGAGGUUACAUGAAGUUUAAGGAUAACCCACGCGUCCAAGAAAUGAAUAAAAACGUCAUGGAAUAUAAUCAGUUGUUGAAAUAUUACGGGCUAAGGGAUCAUCAAGUUCAUAAAGCCGCCAUGGGAAGAUUUAGAGCUCUAAUGUUGCUAAUAUAUCGGGUAUUUCUUUUGUUAAUAUUGGUUAUAUUAGGCUUUACUGGUGCCAUCUUAGGUCUUCCGAUCAUAACUAUUGCACGUGUAAUUAGUAAGAAGAAAGCGAGGGAGGCAGCUAGGUCUUCAAGUGUUAAAAUAGCUGGUCGUGACGUGUUGGCCACAUGGAAACUUCUUGUUGCACUUGGAGUUGCACCAAUUUUAUACGGAUUUUAUACCCUGAUAUUCUCGGUUUUAGUGUACAAGUAUAAUUUGAGCAUUCUGAAACUAGGAACAUUUUAUCCGUUGGUUAUAUUUUUAAUGAUUGUGAUAGAUAGUUAUGCGACACUGCAAUUGUAUGAUACCGGGUUAGAUAUAUAUAGGUCUCUUCGCCCUCUUUUCUUGUCCGUAAUACCCUCUGAACAAUCAUCAAUCCAAAAAUUGAUUCAAAUUCGGGAUAAACUUUCACGGGAUUUAACCGAAUUAAUUAAUGAACUCGGACCAAAGCUAUAUCCAGAUUUUGAAGCAUCACGCAUUGUAAAAGAAACUAGAGAUUCUCGUGAUAGUCGGACACCAUCUCCAUCUAGGCCUUCAUCAAGACUACUUUCUUUAGCAGAUUGGCUAGACGAAAAAAUAUUUAAUUGGGAAAGAGCUGAUGAAUCUGAUUACGACGAUGUAAUUUCAUUUAUAGAUAAACAAAUUCGAGGUCGUAGAAGUAGAAGGGGUUCAAGAGAACAUAGGAGCAACAGUAUGUCUAGAAGUAGAGCAAGUUCUGUAGACUCUAAUAAUACUUCAAGCAGUGACAAGCGUUCUAGUUUUGGAGUUGAUACUUUUACUAAAUUACCAUCCUCCGAAAACAAGAACAUUCCAAGAGUUGAAGUUAAUGAUUUUGAUGAAGAUUCGGGUUAUCAGGGAGAUAAAGAAAUUG